AUGGCUAGCAAAGUGGAAAAUAAUUACAAAGUGAAUCCUGAAAAGGUCCGCCUAGAAACCGAUCAGGGUAUCGUGGAAAGUGAAGAAAGAAAAUGGGGAAUGCCUUUGAAAGAUGUGUACAAACACGGACUAGCGUUUUACAAAGAUAAGGAAGGCAAAGCUUUACACUUAAGCUAUGAAGAUAGAUUAAAACUGGUUGCAUACACCCAACAAACAUCGCACGGCCCUUUGGAUGUGAAUUCUGCUCCCCCAUUAGGGGUUUUAGAUGUUAUUGGACGAGAUAGGAGAGCAGCAUGGCAGGCAUUAGGACAAAUGUCUCAGGUUCAAGCAAUGGUUGGUUUUGUCCACACAUUAGACAGGCUGUGCCCUCUUUUCAAACCAUAUUUGGAGGCAAUUCAAAAGGAUAUGGAAGAGAAGAAAAUGCAAGAAAUGAAGAAGGAAGAAGAAGAGAAAGCACAUUUGGAGUUACAGAACAGAAUAAUGUUGGAAAAACAGAAACAGCAAAGUAAUAAGCUUACAGAGGAGCAGCAAGUGCAAAGAAUAAAGGAUGCUCUCAAUGCGCAGACAUAUGAACAGUUCCUACAGUAUGCUCAGCAACAGUACCCCGGCAACUUUGACCAGCAGGCUAUCCUCAUUCGUCAGCUGCAAGACAAGCACUACCAGCAAUACAUACAGCAGUUGGCUGUAGAUCAGAGGCUUGCUAACUCUAACAUAAACAUUGCCGAAGACAAAGAGAAUGACAAUACAAAUAAUGUCAAGGAGAAGACUAAUGAGGAAUCUGAUACUGAUUGCAAUUUAAAUGAAGCUGAGCCAGCUCCACCUAUGGAUAAGUCAAUGCAGACUUUGGAGAAAACGGACAACAACGAAUACAUCGAAGAGGUCAGGGUCGAUGACAAUACUGAUGAUGAUGAAGGUUACCUCAAUGUGGAGGAGGUUCGCAUGUGGACUCGAGGUGAUAUAGCGAAGUUCAAGAGCUCAGCUAAGCAGGGUGGUGGCAAGCUUACCGUCGGUCAUGGAGAGACCAUUACCGUACGAGUACCCACGCACCCUAAGGCCAGGUGCCUCUGCUGGGAAUUCGCUACUGAUAACUACGAUAUAGGUUUCGGAAUAUACUUUGAAUGGACCAAGUCACCCACCACUGAGGUUACUGUGCACGUCGCCGAGAGUGAUGAAGACGACGAGGAAGAUGCUGACGACGACGAAUAUCCCGUUGGGGAUGGUUCGUUCCACGAAUAUACUAUACACGGCACUCGGGCUGACCUCGAGCUUGGUGGUGAAAAGCGUCCAGAAAAACCAUCCGUCGGAUCUACGCGCCCACUCACCAGUCUUGUAGUACCUGUAUACCGUCGGGAUUGUCACACUGAGGUAUACGCCGGAUCUCACACAUACCCUGGCGAAGGAGUAUACUUAUUAAAGUUCGACAACACUUACAGUUUAUGGCGAUCCAAAACCCUCUACUACAAAGUUUACUACACACAGUAA